AUGGCUGAUGGUUGGACAGAUAAUUCACAUAGGUCGCUGAUUAAUUUUCUAGUGUACUGUCCUAAAGGAGUGUGUUUUGUGAAAUCAGUGGAUGCUUCAGAUGUUGUAAAGGAUGCUGCAACAUUGUUUAGCUUGUUUGAGGAAAUAGCUUUAUGGGUUAGACCAAACAAUAUUGUCCAUUUUGUCACUGACAAUGGAGCAAAUUAUAAAGCUGCUGGAAGAAUGUUGUCUAAAAAUAUAGCAGGUUGGACAGAAAUUAUAUGCCCAAGUGCAACCUGUUUUGCCACAACUUUCAUUGCAUUGAGCAGCCUACAUCAGUACAAACAUGACUUGCAAUCUACAGUGACAUAUAGAACUUUUGUGGAGUCUCGAUAUGCAAAAACUAAUAAAGGCAAAGUCUUUAUUUCCAUAGUUCUAGAUAAUCGGUUAUGGGAUGACAUUGGUAUAAUUUCCAAAGUUGUGAGUCCAUUAAUGCGUAUGCUCCGGAUUAUAGACUCAGAUGAGAAACCUUCAAUAGGAUAUGUGUAUGAUGGCAUGUAUAGAACGAGGAUGAGGAUCAAGAAGCUAUUUAAGAACAAGAAAAAUUUGUACAAGCCUUAUACAACAAUUAUUAAGAUACGUUGGGAUAUGAUGUUGCGCCGUGAUAUUCAUGCAAUAGCAUAUUAUUUGAAUCCUGCUUUUAAAUAUGAUGAAGAUAUUUUUUCCAAAAAACCUGAGGUCAUGAGUUGUUAUAAGAAAAUUACAUAUGAUCCUAUUGAUUAUGAGAGUAUUGAUAAAACUGAAUGGUGGAUAGUUGAUAAGGAAGAGGAGGUUGGUGAGCUUAAUUAUGAUGAAUUGGAACAAUCAUUAUAUGGAGAAGGAGUUAUUCCUAUAGAUGGUGGUGAUCACCCUUCUUAUUAUGACUCAACAGAUGCUUCAGAAGAAUUUUUUGUAGAUGAUGUCGCCGAUAUUAAUAAUGAUGGCGAUUAUCUAUCAGGUAGUGUGUGA